AUGGACCACAGCCAGGAGCCAGGGGAAACGGCACAACCGGUGGUAGCGCUGGCGAGGAUGCUGGAGGGGAUGGCGGCGAUGCAGGAGAGGCAGGCGGUGAUGCACGCCGAACAACUGGAGGCUCUGCGGGCACAGACCUCCCUCCAAACCCAGGCUCUACUGCAGCUGGCGGCUGCGGGAGAAACCAGCUCCCGAGAGCGACAGACCGGACCCCCCGUAGCUCUCCAUCUGCCCAAAAUGACCCCGGAGGACGACGCGGAGGCUUUCCUCGAGGGGUUUGAGGUGGCAGCGAGGGCACAACAAGCGGCACACAGCCUACCCCCCCCAGCGCGGGCGGUCUACGCCAACCUAAAGAAGGCGGUCCUGGACCGCCUGGGAUACAGCCCUGAAGAGCACCGGCGACGGUUCAGGGAGAUGGCCCUGGCAGGAGCGGACCGACCGUUCGCAUACGCCCAGAGACUGCUGGACAUGGCGCGUCGGUGGCUCCGACCGGAACUCCGGUCAGCCGACGGAGUGGUGGAGCUGGUGACCCUAGAACGUUUUAUUGAUGGCCUCCCGGGGGAGACGGCGAAUUGGGUGAGGUACCAUCGCCCGACCGGGUUGGCGGCCACCGUCAGCCUGGCGGAGGACCACCUGGCGCUCUACCCCCGUGGCCAGUUACAGCAGCAGCAGCAGCAGCAGCAAGGACGGGCAGACCCGGCUCUGCGCAGGAGAGCCCUUCCUCGUUCCCAUCCUUCCCCCCUUUCUUCCUCCCUUCCCCGUGCCCAAACCCCCUCAUUUUCCCGUAACAACCCUUUUGUUCCUGUUUCCCCAGCCCCAGGCUCAGUGGCGGCGGGGUGCGACCCACAGAGAGCUCCUCAGACGCCCGGACCGGGGUGUUGGCGGUGCGGACAACCGGGUCACCUGCGCCGCGAGUGCCCGCUCAUGGAGGUGGGGCAGGUGGUUCGUGUUGUCGGCCCGCCCACCUCCGCUCCCGACCCAGACGGAGCGUACUGUAUUCCGACCGAUGCGUCGGACAGAGGGCUGGGGGCUGUUUUGACCCAGCAGGUGGAGGGAGUUGACCGCCCCGUUCUGUACAUUAGCCGGAAACUGUCACAACGGGAGGCGAAGUACAGCACGGUGGAGAAAGAGUGCCUCGCCAUUCGACCGGGUGCACGGAUGGUCGUGGCGGACUUCCUCUCUCGCCCCCAGGAGGAGGAGGGGGGGAGAGGGGGGGGGUUGGUCAUCGGCCGGAUGGCUCCCCGGCCGAAGUCGGGCAGUGGGGUGAGCCUGGGGUUUUUAAAAGCCAGACCGGAAGCCGGAGAGAGGAGAAUCGCCAAUGACAAGACGGCUACGGAAUUGUGA